AUGUGGCCAAUCUUAAUGCAGUUUCUGAGAUCAAACGCACCAUAUCUCACCUUACCUGUAGCUGCUAUAGUUGGCGUUAUAGGAUAUAAUAUAGAAUCACUUUUAUCUGACAGAUAUACACCUUACAAUGAGGCAGUCCAAGAUCAAAGGUUAGAACGCCUCACAGAUGAAGAGCUACUCAAAGACCCAACCAAUGUAAAAAAACUGAAAUACCAGGAGAAUGUGCUCGGCAAAAACGUCUCACCGUCUUUACAAAAGAACUAG